GAGGAUAGUGAGCAUCUUCUCUGAGUGCGGCUCUCGGGUGUUCUUUGUUGCUGCCGAUCCAGAAAGAGGAGUGUGUCCCACUCCUGGCGCAGUAGACGGCGCUGCCACUUCAAAUGUUGGUGAUGGCCGCGGAAAAUAUUCGUGCCGCUUCCUGUCGCGAUGCAUUCUGACAUGGGCUGUUGGUCCGGUGUUUCACAGUAUCACUGCCAUAAAGAUUUGAGCAAUUUUCCUUGUAAACUAGAGAACAUCGUCUGGAGAUGAUGCUAUCGUAGAUUAGUUCACGGUCACACUGGAGCAAGGUAAAGCUCCGACAUCUGUAUUAUGUUAUUGACAUGACCGAAUUUCUUGCGUUGCUGUGCACCAGCAAAAAUGUCAGUGUAAAGUCAAAGUAUCACUUUUCAAAUAGAGCGUCUGAGUGUCGCCAUACAUGAGAAAUCCACAUUAGACAAUGGAUGAAAAACAAAGAAUUUACAGUCGCAGAUCAAUCUCGACAUCAUGGUGUUUCAGUGCAAAUGAGCACCAAUGGCGAUAUCUCGGCAGAAAUUAAAAGAUUGUUCGGAAGGAUCGUUCUUGGUUUAUCAUUUGCUAGAAAACCUCUGUUGAAGUGGCGUUGGCGAAUGCUCGCUAUGCUCAUCCGGUAACGACCUGAUGAAGGGAUAUUUUAUAUUUCAAUGUGCAUCGAACUGCCCAAGCCGUGAACAUUUCGCAUUGGUUUUUUAAGCAAAUAUUGCAGAAUGCAAGUGAAUUGGUUGGGGCACACAGACGCUCACGAUCAACCUAAUUACCUGUAGAUAUCGGCACGGUAAAAGGAGGGUACAAGAGAGGAGGUAGUUUUGGUCCGAUCACUUCGUAAAUCUACCAUGGGUAUUUGCUUUCCAGCAAUCAACUCUAUGAUACAGAUCAACAAUUAUUCAGUACUUUCAAUCUCCACGCGCCCACGAUGAUGUCGGCUCAAUGUUAAUAUCUACUUUUAUUGAAAAUUUGUGAUGCCAAUGACGGUGGUGAUGUUCCAACGAACUAACUUGAGGCCGUCAGGAAAAUUCACUUCGCUGAGUGGAUUUUCAACAGCAAGGCAUCACACUUGUAAAAUAAAUUUGUUAUUGCAGACGCAAAGAGCGAGAUGAUCGUAGCAAAUAGCUAGAGGCUCCGAGUGGUCAGAACAAGAUCAGCGUAAAAGGAUUGAUGGAAAGCGCAUACGAAUUGUAGGGAUCCUCCCCUAUCUGAACUUGAACGCCGAAUUCUAUUAGUCAGGAAAUAAUUGAAGACGACGUAAGUUACGAAGCAAAAGCUCGCUCGGUUUAAUUUUGGGAACGACUUGGACGAACCUUACGUGAUAAAAGGUCGACAAAGUCUACAUAAUGGGUUGUCAGCAAGCAAGGUGUCAAUAUUAAUUGCGUACUCUGUGGCAUGCUCUCACGAAUCAUUUGAGGGUAAAUGCGUGAGCAAAGCUACAACGCGCCUCUACUUGUCGGACUGUCGCGAGCAAGACGAUUAUGGCCAUAUGCGA